AUCAAGCUUUUCAUAAACAUAAUUGAUUAUAGGGAGUCCUUCAGUUAAGACCUGUUGUGAAGUCCGAUCGAAGGUUGUAAACAAUGGAUAUUCAUCUCUUGCUCUUUUUCAUUUUAGGAGGCACAACCUUUGUAUUCUCUCCGACCAUAGCUGAUCGCAGUUUGCUGAGACAUCCACAUCAUCAUCAUUAUGAUGAAGCAUCAGGGGAUCAUACAGGAGAUUAUGGAGCAUCAUUCAGCGACGACUCUUCGUCUGAGAACAAAGAAGCUGACUCUUCUGAGCCGGACGACCGUUACGUGCCUUUCUAUUUGAAGGGUGAACAGACUGGCGAAUGUAAGAACUACCUUGUGAGAGGCGAGCCCGACUUGUUCACCAAAUUUCCCGCACGUUGGGAGUUGUAUGGUCCCCACGAUGGCAACAUAAAAUACUUGAACAUCUGCCCGGUCCCAGUGAGUGGGAGACACCACGGCGUGUUCUCCGUAGCGCACGGUGGUGUCGGAUCUCAUUUCGCCUUAAUUCACUUUAAGACGCCUUAUGAGAACGAAACUUUCACUUUCAAUGCAAGAGUUUGUUGGUAAACAAUAAUUUACCGGAUUGUGUGACUAAAUAAAGCAUUUCUUCUGUUUA